AUGACACAACCUUUACCUCCACAGCCGACCGACAAGCGGCGCGUCAAAGUCUAUGAGUUGCGCAACAACGAGUGGUAUGACCGUGGCACUGGAUUCUGCACCGCAGCAUAUAUUCCUAUAUCCGAUUCCCCCGACGAAGAUACCCCGAGGGAACCUAGAGUCAUUGUCGAGUCAGAGGAUCACCCUGACCGGGUGCUGCUAGAUGUUCGAAUAUGCAAAGAGGACGGUUUCCAGCAGCAGCAAGGCAUGUACUUUAGGCAGCGCAGGGAGAAGCUCAAAAAGGUUCUCAUGUCUUCAGCAGAAUUUAUCACUGAUACAGCACCGGGAUCGUUUAGGAAGUUUGUGAGCGGGGUUCAAUCGUCUUUUCGUGGACAAAUGGCACACGAUGACAGCCUUUCAGAUGACCUCGCACUCGAUACCGGGCCUUCACUGCCCCCGCCAGAGCUGGCGUCUUUACCGGAGCUUGAACACAGUAUGCGGAUGAUGGCAAGCAGUAAUACGGGCCGGGAGGCGCUCACCAAAUGCAUCAUGAGUGAGGACUACAUUGGCCGACUAAUACCACUCGUGGAAAUGGCGGAGGACCUUGAAAGCUUAGACGACCUCCACCGCCUCUGCAACAUCAUGAAGACGAUACUGCUGCUUAAUGACAGUGGUAUAAUCGAGCAUGCUGUCUCGGACGAGUGCAUAGAAGGGGUGGUCGGUGCGCUGGAAUACGAUCCCGACUUUCCUAGCCACAAAGCAAACCACCGACAAUGGCUCAAGCAUCGUAGCCGGUAUAUUGAGGUUGUCAAGCUGCAAGACCCGGCCAUAUCAAGAAAAGUCCACCAGACCCACCGAUUACAAUACCUGAAGGAUGUGGUGCUGGCCCGGAUUUUGGACGACCCGACGUUCUCUGUACUCAACUCGCUGAUAUUCUUCAACCAGGUUGACAUUGUCAACCAUCUCGGUCAAGACCCCGAGCUUUUGAUGGAGCUGUUUGGCAAAUUCACGGACGCGAGCGUGGAACCUAUUCGCCAAAAGGAGGCUCUCCAGUACAUACAACAGUGCUGCGCCAUCGCCAAGAACCUACAGCCGCCGAUUCGCCAAGUGUUGUAUAAUAGUUUUCUCACGCACGGUCUCCUGCAUGUCAUCAACUUUGGACUGAGGCAACCAGAUGUUACCGCCCGAGUCGGUGCUACCGACAUUCUGGUUUCAAUGAUUGACCACGAUCCCCAGAUGGUGCGGCAGACAAUUUAUCGCCAGAUCCGCGAGAAUCAGCCGCCGCUUACAGACGCCCUCAUCGAUCUGCUGCUGGCCGAGGUGGAUUUGGGGAUCAAAUCACAGAUCUCGGAUGCUCUCAAGGUGCUUCUCGACCCCAACCCCCCUCCAAUGCCACCAGACGCCAGCAAACCGAAUGGUGAACCACUGCCUAGACGACCCCAGGGACCAGACCCUGAGCAGGAUGGCUUCCUGCAGCAUUUUUACGACCACUCUGCAGCCAGGUUAUUCAGGCCACUCCUCGAGCUUGAGGGGAAAACGGUUCUCAAGUUCUCCGUGGCAGAUGAUGGCGUUUUUAACUACCUGAACGAUAUCCUCUGCUUUUACAUACGCCAGCACAUGCACCGCUGUAAGCUCUUUAUAUUGCAGAACAACAUUUCGCAGCGCUUCUUGCAACUACUUGCAUGCGACCAGAAGCAUGUGCAGCUUGGGUCUCCAGUUGCCAUAAGAUUCUUUCGUCAGCUGAUCGCGCUGAAGGAUGAAUUUUGGAUUCGUCAGAUUGCCGAAAAGCAGGUUCUUGGCCCGAUCCUGGACGUCCUGAUAGGAGUUCUUCCCAGAGACAAUCUGUUAGGAUCUGCCUGUUUAGAUGUCUUUGCAUUCAUACACCAGGAGUCGAUCAAGGACUUGGCCAGGCACCUUGUGGAGACGCACCGAGAGAAGGUGCAGUUUCUCACAUGUUUGUCGUUGUUUAGGGAUAUACUUGACAUGUACGAUAAGCCUCAGGGCAACUACCCUGCUACUAUAGAUGGCUACUUUUACGAUUCGGAGGAGAGUGUGUUGGUUCCCCGGCCAAACCCGGCCAACACAAGGGGCAUGAUGGAGCACUUGGCUGUGGACCCGGACGAGGAGGCGUUUUGGAACGGAUCAGACGAAGAAGAGGAGCUGCAGACACGAGCCGGCCCACCUCUUCAGGCAUCAGGAAAUGGUGCCGUUGGUCCCAAGCCGCUGGUUGACUAUGCUUCUGAUGACGACGGGGACGAGAACGGAGACACGGAGGCGAAACCGACGCCCUCGGUCGAGGUUGAUGAAUCCAAAGCGGUCGUUUCGGAAGACGACGGCGAGGGUCCUGUUUGGACACCGACCAGCGGCGUCGGACCACCGCCCGAACGUCUUUCAGAAAAACGCCGACGUGAAGAGGACGAGGAGGACGAGAUUGAUAAGCUCAUGCAGACGAACAAGCGGCGGAACAGCAGUUCGGCGACCAUGAAACCGGCCACUGGCCUGGCAGCUGGGCCUAUCCGCCGCAGCAGGAGUCUCACUGGGCGCGAUUCACCCUCCAACGGGAACAAGAAAAUCGCCAUCAGUAUCUCCCCGGCGCUGAAACUCGCCACUACUGGACAGUCUGGUUCUGAAGACGGAAGCGAAUAA